GCAAAGAUUUGCCCUACGCCCCUCUUCUCCUCUCGUCUCUCAUACGUAAUUCGGUUCGUUCUUGGAUUUGAGGGUGCUGAAGUUGUAGAAGAAGGAUAACUAAAAUGGGUGUCGUUUCCAAAGCUUGUGGAGUUGAACAAUAGGUGGCGGCUCUCUCCUGAAGCGAUCUACUCUGGGCUGUAUCUUCUGAAAGACUUUGAGACAGAGCUAAAUAGAUAUCAGGGAAGGUGGAAAAAGUGAAAUAAAAAGAGAUAGCUAGAGAUCUCUAUUGUGGACAACACUUAUUUUUGUGUGGAAGGGAUAUCAUCAUGGCUGCUGUACUGCCUGCUGAUUCUUCAAACCACGCAUCAGUCGAUUCUGGUCCUCUGAGAGCUCGUGAUGAGUUAGAUGACGGUGACCAUUGGUAUUUUUCUAGGAAAGAGAUUGAAGAGAAUUCUCCUUCCAGAAGGGAUGGUAUUGAAUUGAAAAAGGAGACUUAUCUGCGAAAGUCUUACUGCACAUUCUUACAAGAUCUGGGAAUGAGGCUUAAAGUGCCUCAGGUAACAAUUGCUACAUCCAUAGUAUUCUGUCACCGCUUCUUUCUUCGACAAUCCCAUGCUAAGAAUGAUAGGAGAACCAUCGCCACAGUUUGCAUGUUUCUUGCUGGGAAGGUUGAAGAUACUCCUCGUCCUCUUAAAGAUGUGAUUAUUGUUUCAUAUGAAAUUAUUCAUAAAAAAGAUUCUUCUGCAGUGCAGAGGAUCAAGCAGAAGGAGGUAUAUGAACAACAAAAAGAGUUAAUUCUGCUAGGGGAGAGGCUUGUGUUAGUAACUCUUGCUUUUGAACUAAAUGUGCAUCAUCCUUAUAAGCCUCUUGUUGACGCAAUAAAGAAAUUCAAGGUUGCUCAAAAUACUCUUGCUCAAGUAGCUUGGAAUUUUGUCAAUGAUGGGCUGCGAACAUCCCUUUGCUUGCAAUUUAAGCCCCAUCACAUUGCAGCAGGAGCCACUUUCCUAGCUGCUAAGUUCCUCAAGGUAAAGCUCCCAUCAGAUGGAGAGAAGGUCUGGUGGCAAGAGUUUGAUGUCACCCCACGCCAGUUGGAGGAGGUUAGCAAUCAAAUGUUAGAACUAUAUGAACAGAACAGAGUACCACAAUCUCAAGCUAGUGAAGCCGCCGAAGCAAGUGCUGGUGCUGCGGUUAGUAGUCAAAAGCUCCCUUCAAAGCUUCCUUCGGGUAAUGAAGAACAUGGAUCCUUGAAGCAGCCUUCUUUAUCUGGUUUGGGAGCCGAUAACAAAACCUCCAGGCAUUUGAAUGACAAUGGUAGUGCAGAAGUAAAGAAUAGUCUUUCAGAUCAAAAGGGAGAUGGUGAAGUUAUUAAUCACUAUCAUGAAUCUGACCAACCCAAUAAGAACGAAGAUGCAACAACAGACCAAAGAGACCGAUCUCCUCAAGAGGCUAUUAAGAAGAUAGACAAAGAUAAAGUGAAGGCAGCAAUGGAGAAACAUAGGAAGAAGUUGAGGGCUGAUGUUAGUAGCCAGAAAGGAGACUUCAUGAACGAGGAUGAUCUGAUUGAGCAUGUGCUAGAAGAAGGUAUUGAAUUGCCAGCUGAGAGAAGGAAAGAUGAUGGGAGGGAUGAAAAUGUUAGUUGAAGUUGAGCUGAGAAGACCUGCUGUGUAUUUUUGGUUUGAUAGGGAGUUUCUAUAUUUGGGAGCAUGAACCAAUUUUUAAGCAGUAUUAUAUUUUCAACAGAAUUUUAGGAGCUCUACCAAGCUGCAGCAGGUAAUGAAUGCUAUCUCUGAUAUCAAUUGUUUUUGCUUUUGGGAAUUGUCUGUCAGAAAUUAUCUAUAUCAUCAUCUCCUUUUGGAAAGUAUUUAUUUCUACACUAAUAAUUAUUUAUUAACUUACUUACCUGUUAAACAAUUUUGGUAACUAGUGUUUUGUCACAAUUAUGAUCGCAUUGGAAAACCGUUUAUAUUAUUUUCUUAGCAUGAU